AUGUUUGUCGACACGCGCCGGCUCCUCGCCGCCUUGCCGCCGACGGACGUCGCGCGCCUUCGGACGCUCAAGAUGACGGCGACGACGGCGGCCAACGUCAUGUACGGCUCGGCGACGCUGACGCACCACAUGGACCUCGUGUGCCAGCACCCGGUCGACGGCCAGGAGAUCCUUCGCUUCCACGAGCCGUGGGACGCCGACAAGACCAACCUCCAGCCGACACAGAUUGCGAUCCGCAGCAAGAACGAGGCGGCGACCGAGGCCGACCACGCGAUCGAGCAAGCGUGGGUCUUCGAGAAGCUCGUGCCACUCCUCUACAGCGACGAGUUCAAGUACGCGCACGAGUGGCAAGCCGGCGACUACGUGCUCUCGGACAACUAUGCGCAGCUGCACAGCCGGACGCCCGUGCCGAAAGCAGGCCGGGAGAUCCGCCGCAUCCACCUCAACUAG